UGAGCUGGAGCAGCCUUAGACACAGGGCCGCCAUGCCGCGCAGUCCCACGUCCAGCGAGGACGAGAUGGCCCAGAGCUUCUCCGACUACUCCAUGGGCUCCGAGUCCGACAGCUCCAAGGAAGAGACCAUCUACGACACGAUCCGCGCCACCGCGGGGAAGCCAGGCAGCGCCAGGGCGGAGGAGGGCCAAGGCAACACGCUGGUCAUCCGUAUCGUCAUCCAGGACCUGCAGCAGACGAAGUGCAUCCGAUUCAACCCGGACGCCACGGUGUGGGUGGCGAAGCAGCGGGUUCUGUGUUCGUUGAACCAGAGCCUGAAGGACGUCCUGAAUUACGGCUUGUUCCAGCCGGCGAGCAACGGGCGCGACGGCAAAUUCCUGGACGAGGAACGGCUCCUGCGCGAGUACCCGCAGCCCGUGGGCAAGGGCGUCCCCUCGCUGGAGUUCCGAUACAAGAAGCGGGUGUACAAACAGUCCAAUCUGGACGAGAAGCAGCUGGCCAAGCUACACAGCAAGACCAACCUGAAGAAAUGCAUGGAUUACAUUCAGCAUCGCUCGGUGGAGAAAAUUGUGAAGAUGCUGGAACGAGGACUGGACCCGAAUUUCCAUGACUUGGAGACUGGAGAGACCCCGCUGACCUUGGCCGCUCAGCUGGACGACUCCGUGGAGGUGAUCAAAGCCCUCAGAAAUGGCGGGGCUCACCUGGACUUCCGCGCCAAAGAUGGGAUGACGGCCCUGCACAAAGCCGCCCGAACCAGGAACCAAGUGGCCCUGAAGACCCUUUUAGAGCUUGGAGCCUCCCCGGAUUAUAAAGACAGCUACGGCCUCACGCCCCUGUAUCACACGGCCAUCGUCGGGGGCGACCCCUACUGCUGCGAACUGCUGCUCCAUGAGCAUGCCACUGUGUGCUGUAAGGACGAGAACGGCUGGCAUGAGAUCCACCAGGCCUGCAGGUACGGACACGUGCAGCACCUGGAGCACCUGCUGUUCUACGGGGCCGAUAUGGGGGCGCAGAACGCCUCGGGGAACACUGCGCUGCACAUCUGUGCCCUCUACAACCAGGACAGCUGUGCACGGGUGCUGCUGUUCCGAGGCGGAAAUAAGGAGCUGAAGAACUACAACAGCCAGACGCCGUUUCAGUUGUCGUAGGUACACGCUAGACGUGUUGGCAUCGCAACUAAGAAUUUUGUCAU